UUCAUUGAUCUCCGCUGUACUGCACGAUUCCUGAUGGACUGUACUAAUCUUCGGGCGCAAGCAUGACCGCUCGCGGUUCAAACGUUUUUGAAGUGCCUUCAGUCGUCGACUGCGAGCGGGCCUUAUCAUCAUGAUCGUUCGGCCUGGUGGGCGGGACGCUGGGGCCUUAUCAUCAUGAUCGUUCGGCCCGGUGGGCGGGACGCUGGCUGAGCGCCAUGAGUAUAAAGGGCUGCCGCAGCCUCCAUUUCUCCAUUCGUUCUCUGCUGCUGUUCGAGUGCGGGUCGAGAAUCGUGGCCCAGAGCUCAGUCACGCGAUCGGAGGAAGGAAGGCAGCGAGUGGAGGGUGGCAGAAGGAUCAGCAGCAGGAGUUCGAAUUGAAAUCGAAGAAAUUGGAGGUGACAGGAUUUGAGGAAGAAGAGGUCGUUCUCCUCGUUGAGUUUUCGAGUCGUCGGCGCGAUGGAUUCCCGAGCAAUUCAGGUCUACAAUCCGUCGAUGGCCGCUUUGAAUCGAGCGAGAGCUGCGUUGUCUACCGCAGAAAGGUCGGAGAUGCCCUGGCUCAUGGAGGAAUUUCUCGCCGAAUUGGAGAAUUUCUGCCCUGUUCGAGGAUCUAUUCCACCUCCGACCCGGAGCAGUCCGCUGCCGGUGUGGUACACGAGGAGACCUCUGCAUGACAUCACGAGGAUUUUGAGCUCCCGAGAUGGGACAUCAAAUUCAGGACCAAAGUCUGAAGGGAAGCCGAAGAAGAAGUUCCAAAAGUGUCAAAAAUUGAAAUUCCGUUCGGGUUCGAUGAGAAACAGUCAGUUCCGAGAAAGGCGAUGAUGUAUUCGAAGACUGCAGCGUCCGUGGCCAACAGAGGCGCACUGCUGAGGAGAGGAUUCAGAUGACCGUGAACCAUUUCGUUUACAUGAUAUUGUGUUAUUCAACACAUGUUGAAGAUCCAAUGCGGACAGAACGACGUAGAGAUGCGUUCUGCAAUUGAGUAGUAGCAAUUUUGAUAAUCUUCGUUUGAGGAGAUAGCCGGCAUUAAUCUAGAUAGUGAGUUUACAUACGCGGAGUAUUUUUGUAGUGAACCGCGAAAGACAAAAGGUAUCUGUCAAUGAGAACUCUCAAGCAGUUGCCGAAUUUGCUGUAAAAUUUAAAGCAGCGUUAGAUGAUUAGCAAUGAAAUUCGACAUUGCCGGCCACUAGAUCAGUGGAACGAAGAAUGUAGGGGUCUUGUACAAUAGGCUCGUUCUCCCCUGCGUCACUGAGUAAUCUUCCCGAAUUACUCAAUUACGAAUUAGCUUCACCAAGUGAAGCCAACUCUCAUUUUCACUGUCCAGCAGACAGUCGUACAUAAUCAAAGUAUUCCCU